AUGGGUAGCUUAGAGCCUUCCAACAUCCUCAUUGUGGGCGCAGGCCCCGUCGGACUCGCCUUAGCCCUAGACCUAGGUCGACGUGGCAUCCGUUCAACCAUCGUCGAGCGCAAUCCUAGCGCCGAAGAAACGCUGCAAGCCAAAGCAAGCGUAAUCGAUGAACGAACCAUGGAAUUCUGCCGGCUACUCGGCGUUCGUGACGAUGUUGCCAAUGCAGGUUACCCCGGUGACCUUCCCGGUGAUACUGUCUUCUGUACAGCGAUGAACGGUCACUAUAUUGGCCGUCUCGAGAUGCCCUCAGCUGAGACACGCGAAGUCCCAGAACAGUCUGCCGAGAUGCUGCGACGUUGUCCGCAGAUCUGGUUUGAUCCGGUCUUUGCGCGAGCUGUGCAUCGUCAAGGAAUGACAGAUAUUCGUUACGGGACGGAGCUCGUUGGAUGUGACCAAAAUGACAAUUACGUGGUCGGUCACGUCAAGCGGGUUGCUGAUGGCGUUUUGGAGGAUGUGCGAGCACAGUAUGUUGUCGCGUGCGAUGGUGCUGGUAGCACGGUGCGAAAGCAGCUCGAUAUUCCCUUCCACGGCAAGAGCCUUGGGUAUGCGAUCAGCUCAAUUGUGCGAGUUGAUCUCUUGAAAUACCACUCCUGGACUCCCGCAGAGCGCUUUAUGUUCAUCGGUCCCGACGGUACCUGGGGAAACUUCACGACAAUCGACGGUCAGUCGCUCUGGCGGUUCUCCAUUGUUGGUGGUAAAGAGAAAGUCGAUCUUUCCACCAUUGACAUGGAUGCCCUUCUGCAAAAAGCUCUUGGGCGCGAUGCGCCUGGAUACGAAAUUAUCAAAACAGUCCAGUGGCGACGAAGCCAGUAUACCGCAGACACGUAUAACAAAGGACGAAUCUUCCUUGCUGGAGAUGCCGCCCAUACGAUGUCUCCCACUGGCGGCCACGGCUUGAACACAGGCAUUGCAGAUGUGAUGGGCCUUAGCUGGGUAUUGCAAGCCCUACUCGAAGGAUGGGGAGGAUCUGGUCUGAUUGACGCAUACACUGCCGAACGACGACCCAUCGCGCUUCGAAAUGGAGCAGGAUCCACUCGCAACUUCGGAAUUUGGCUCGACACAAAUGGACGCGACAAGGUCCUUGACGAAGGAUUGGACGCGGAUGAACAGAGAGACAAUUUGGGAAAGAACAUGGCCGCCAACAUGCGACAGGAGUUUCAGUCCCUAGGCCUGGCUUUGGGGUACAGUUACCCUGAAUCACCGCUCAUUGUCCCUGAUGGUUCUCCUCCGCCAUUGGAUGACCCGGAUAUGUACACCCAAACCGCUCGCCCGGGUCAUCGUGCACCGCAUUACUGGCUGAGCAAGGGACGCUCGACGAUUGAUCUCUUCGGGCGUGGCUUCGUCCUCCUUUGUCUUGGUGAGGAGGCCGAGAGAGACGGUGAAAUCAUGCGAUUUGCACGGGAGCUGCGUGUUCCGCUCGAGAAGGUUGUUCUCAAUGAGCCUGAGCUUGGUAAGCUCUAUGAACGGCGGCUUAUUCUGGUUCGUCCGGAUGGAAUGGUUGCUUGGCGGGGAGAGGCACUUCCUGAUGAUUCCAAUGCACUUCUUAAUCAGGUGAGAGGAGCUUUUCCAGUUGCCAGGUAG